AUGUCGUUUCCUGAAGUGAUAGUCAUUCUCUUAGACAUAUCAAAGGCAAUGUUGGCACCAGCAAACCAACUUGAUUCAAAGUUAAAGUGUGCUAUAACAGGAAUAAUUCACUUUUUAAAACUCUGCUCGUGGCAAACAAUUACAUGCAUCACUUUUGCUUCUAACUGUAAAGUUCUGCAAGAAUUUACUAAUGAUCAUACAUUAUUAACCGAAGCUUUAAAUAAGUGGGAAUUUCUCUCGGACGACCCCUCCGGGGAAAUACAAGUGGCCUUGGAAUUCGCUGAACAUUAUGUAAUUGAGAAAUUCGGUUUAAGUCAAGCGUGUCAAAUUAUUGUAAUUACAGAUGGUCGAAUACCACAAGAUUCGAAUUUCACCAAAAAUUCCGAGUCCAAUUCAGCUAAAUUCUAUAAUCCUCUCUGGCGACUUCAUAUUAUUUGUUUAGCGGAUGAAGUUAGUAAAGAUGAUCAUUCAAAACAAACCAAUUAUACAUUGCAAUGGUAUAAGAAACUUUUAAACAGACAUUUACCGUCCAGAGUUACUAAAAAUCACCCUAAAGGUGAAUUUACUCUUGAAAAAGAAGUUGUACCAUGUAAGGGCAUCCUUUCUCUUGGAAAAAUAACCAUGUCAAUACACAUAUAUCCUAUCAUCCAUAUAGAUGAUGAUGUACAGCAAUCGAUAAAAAUUAUGUCUAUUGUGGGAUUUAAGCCAAAAGAAUUGCUACAAGGGGAGUCUACUUAUUUGCGAUUUUGGAUGUUUUUAAAUGAUGAAAUUAAAGAAAAUGGGUGCAAUGAAUAUUUUCACGUCUUAAGUUCAUCAUUAAAAAAGGAAAAUCGAGUAGCAAUCGUUUGGUUGCAAAAGAAUACAUACGCUACCAUAGAAGCACCGCCUUCUGGGUCAUAUUUCUAUUUCACAAUGUAUUCACAUGAAAGUGCAAAAAAUUUGGUGAUCCCAUCACCGACACCUAUAAAUACGCAGCCCAAGAGUUAUUUAUCUAAUAACAUCGAAUUGCCUAAAACAGAAUUUGUUGAGUCGAUGUUGAAUAAAAUCCCAAGAUACGUUGCAAAUUUGCCGAAUGAGACUGCUAAAUUAACAACAGUUAUUCAGCAAAUUUCGAGAAUUACGGAUAUGUUUUGCUAUACGUCGCUUCGGGAAAAAGUAAUUGAGAAUUUGCAAGACCUUCGAAUUCAAUCACCAGAAGCUGAGAACCGGGCAAUCCUUACGCAAUGCUUACAACUAUUAGGUGAUACUGACUUAGAAGAGGAAGAUGAUGAAAUUGAAACAAUGGAUUAUGAGGAAGAAAGAGAGGAUCCCGAAGACUACGAAGAUCAUAAAAAUGAGGAACGUAGUAAUGCUAGAAUUUCACUCAAUGAUUUGUUGAAUUGGUGA